AAGGUUCUACCGUCCGUCAACCAAAACCAAAGCCAAAACCAAAGAAGAAGAAGAAGAGUUGUUUUCUGCGGCGGGAAGUUGGAAACUGAACGAAUGUGUGUCAGCAGCAAAUAGGCUACCAACUUUCGGAAACAAAGGAUCUGUGCCAACAUGAGCGACAGGAGCCUUCCCCAGCAGCUAAAGCGGUGGACAAUAGAAGAAUUUAAAUUACAGCCGCACCAGCUCCCCCAUGACAGCUACUUCAAAACUUUGUGUCUUGGACAAGGAGCCUCUAUAUGGAAAUAUAUAACCCAGCAUAUUUACAAUCAGAGGAACGUGAAAGUCAUGCGUGGGAAUUUACAGUGGUUCAAGAUGCUGCAGGAUAAGGAGGUUGAGUGUGUAGAGGGGCAGAGUGAGGCAGCUCGGAGGCAAGAGCUUCAAAGGGAGAUUGAGGAUCUGAAAGCAGAGCUGGAUCAGCUGAACGGUCGGAUCAAUGUGGCCGAGACACAGCUGGCUGCUGACGAGCGGUCGCUGAGCGGGAGCUGGGCGGAGGACGAGGAGAGCCGGCGGAGGAGCGUGCUGCUGCAGGCGUUCCGGCGGCGCUGCGCGGACGAGCGGCUCUCCCUGACCCAGCGCGGCCGCGGGAUCGGCGGGCACUCCCAGGCCCUGGGACAGCUCCGCAGGAAAGCGGAGGUGGAGCUGGUGUUCGGCGCUGUGCCCGACGACGGAGGCGACUCUCUGGGCCCCUCCGGUCCCGAGCCGCAGGUCCUGCGCGCAGUGAGAGAGCUGUGUGAGGAGAGGCUGCUUUUCUUCCUCUCGCUGCUGCAGAGCGAACUGAAGGCCGUGAACAGCACCGGCAAGCACUUGCCCCAGGAGCAGAGGGAAGUGGUGUUUCAGCACUGGCUCAGUGCUGUGGAGGACCUGAUCCGCUCUCACCCCCCCGGCCACAUUCUGUCCGCGCUGCUGCACCAGGCCUCCCGGACGCAGAGGGCGCUGCAGGAGAAGAUUUCCUCCCUGGAUGUGGAGCAAGAGAUGGCCGCCCUGCGAUUUCGCUAUGAGAACAAACAGCUUCAGGACAUCUCCAGGGAAGAAGAGGAACUGCCUUCAGUGAAGUCUCUUUUACAGAGGGGCUGGGAGGAAGAGGAGCGGGCUGCGGUGCAGCUGGCGCGGACUCGAGCCCGGGUUCGACAGCAGCGGGACCAGCUCGACGCCCUCCGCGAGCAGGUGCAGCUGGAAACGCCGGGGGGCGAUGCCCAGCUCGAACCCUUGGCCAGGGCGGUGUUUGAGCUGGAGCUGCAGUGUGUGGUGCAGGCCGCUCAGAGGGACAGUGUGCAGGAGCAGUGUGCGCAGCUGGGGCAGCUGGCCCAGGACAGACAGGAAGCCCUGCGCAGCCUGCGCAGCCAGUGGCACAGCAUCACGGCCUUCCGGGAGCUGGUGGCUAACAAGCAGGAGCAAAUCCGUUGGCUGAUCAAGGCCAACUCGAACGCCAAGAGCGAGCUUUCACGUGUGCACAGCGAGGUCCGGCGCUUCGCGGAGGACGGGCUGGGGCCUCGGUGCGGGGCGGUGGCGGGGGCGGCCUCGGCGCUCCGGAACACUGUGUCGCAGGAGGUUCGGCUGACGGGCUCCGUGUCGCUGGCCGCCCUCAGUCGCAGGGUCACCGACGGUGUCCAGCGAGUCCCUGCUAAACAGCUGUCCAUCCACCGCCUGCACUGCCCCACCUUCCACAGCCUGUGUGAGAGCCUGGCCUUCCCCAUGUACAAGGCGCCGGAGCAGCUGACUGCGCAGACGGUGUCCCAGCAGCUGGAGCUGCGCUUCCUGCGUCGGCUGCUGCAGCUGCGCAGUCUCUCGCGCACCACCCUGCAGGGGCAGCGGGCGCUCCUGCCCGCCCCGGACCAGAAGGCCCUCUUAGAGAAUGUGCGGGAGGCGGAGGAGGAGCUGCUGCGGACUCUGCUGCCCUGGGUUCGAGAGCUGCGGCGGCGUGCGGCCCAGGGCCUGCAGUACGGGGCACCGGUCACCAGCGCCAUCGCCCACUGGUGGGAGCAGCCUGCUCAGUUUGCUCUGCCUGAGCUGCAGAAGGGGGGUCUGACUCUGCAGAAAUGGCUGGAGAGGUGGAGACUAGCAGCCAAGGCCUUGGAGUGAACACAGGACCGCCAGCACAGACACAGACACAGACACAGACCAUCACCUCAUAUCACACAAAGCACAGGACCACCAGCACAGACACAGACACAGACCAUCACCUCAUAUCACACAAAGCACAGGACCACCAGCACAGACACAGACCAUCACCUCAUAUCACUCAAAGCACAGGACCACCAGCACAGACACAGACACAGACCAUCACCUCAUAUCACUCAAAGCACAGGAACACCACCAGCACAGACACAGACACAGACCAUCACCUCAUAUCACUCAUAGCUCAACAGAAGGCAGAUACUUUUAUUUAGCUAUUCCUCAAGUUUGUGAAUUUACUUUCUGAAGAUACGUAGUGAAAUAACAUACUACUACCAUUUCUGUUUUACGAAGUCUUUCUUUGUAACCCUUGCCGUCUGCAAAAUAUUUUUUCUGUAUUCUGUAUAAGGUCUGUUUUGUGUGUGUAAUAGUAAUUUGGAUGAGAUGUUUCGUACUAAAGACUAUGCAUUAUAAUUUUUUCUGAAUAUGUGAGCUGCUGUUGCUACAGCGAUAAUGCUGCUGAUGGAACUGAACCCAGUAUGCUGUUCUCUUCAUCUGCUCUGACUCACUGUUCUGGAAGUGUGUCUGAGUAAGUUCUACUGUCAAAUAAAGACUAAUCAAUUCA